UUAAUUCUCAAACGUUUCAACAGAGCGUUUAUUAUUAUAAUGUCUCAGCUCAUGAGUGCGUUGUUUCUAAGAAUAUAACAUUGAAUGACAUUAUAUCACAUUUGAAUAUUCAGAAUGUUUUCAUCCUGUGGGACCAUGUGCAAACAUGUUUUAUUAUUGAUAAGUUUCUGUAUAUUUGCGAAAUGUCAGACAGUGGAUCAUCAGAGAACUACCAGAUUACAAUCGAUUAGACACGAAAUCUUUGGUAACAUUGAAGAUUCUGAAAUUACGUUUCCGAUCCAAAACAGUACCACAACCAAUCCACCAUUAGAUUAUGCUAAUUAUACAAAUGAAGCUGAAUUAUCUCCAACAACCGAGAAUUCGGAUGGCGUUGAGGCUUCCACUCUAAAAACUCCUUCAACUACUCCACUUCAAACCGAACCUACUAUUAAACCAGAACUACCAAUGAAAACAGACCACAAAUUCGGUGAUCUCGACCAUAAAUCUCUCCAACUCUACUCAAAACUGUUACAAAUUCUCAAUGAAUCACAGAAUCUUUCAUCAGAGCUGGAUCUUGGCGAGUCAAAAGGUGUUCUUCUUAUUGGGAACUCAGGCUCCGGUAAAACAACCCUGGUGCAACUUCUUGCUGGCAACAUUAGUAAUCUAGAAGCUAAAGAACUGUACCAGGACUCCGGUGAUUAUUACAUUGGUUAUGUUCAUAAAAUAAACAACGGUAUGGGAUUCUCCUCUCCAUUCUCGGUGAAUCUAGUCAGAGAUAAUGAGACAGGAGUUGUUUUUGCUGAUUAUCCGGGAUUUCGCGAGUCGAUCGGAGCAGCUGAAGAUCUUGAAAUCGCCAUGAACAUGAAAGUAGUUGCUGAAUCUUUCCAGAAAGCAAGAAUAGCACUAGUCUGUCCUCAUUCGUUCCUCAAGAAAGGCACCUACAGAGCUGCCUUCACCAACUUCCUGGAGAGAGUCGCCGACUUCUUGAAGAAUUCCGAACACCACGUAUCCGAUAUUACAUUGAUAGUAACCAAAGUGAAAAGCUCCUACUUCUACAAAAAAGGCCAAAUUCAACUGGUCUCAGACAAAGCUGAAUUGAAAGGCAAUUGCAAACUUCAUCGAUGAAGUCAAGGUCGCCUACAGCAGCCAGCAUUCAUCAGAAGAUCGGUGGUCCGAUGAUAAUGACCGUUCCACUUUGAUUCAUCGUAUACUGAUCAACCUUCUUGCUAAGAGAUCAGGGGAGUACAGGAGAAUAAAAAUUCUCAGAGUUCCUGCUGAUUCUGGUCCCUUGAUCAAUCAAGGCUCAAUAAUGCAGGAAAGAGAAGAGAUUAGAGAAUUUUUGUUGGAGGAAGAAGGAUUUGAAACUGUUCAAAAGGACAGCUUUGGAUCUUCAAUUUUAGCAAAAACAAAAGAAGAGCUUGAUACUCUAUCCAGGAAACUUGACAGUUAUAUAACCAGUUUUGCUGAAGAAUUUGGCAGUUAUCUAAGAAAUGAGUUUAUUGAAAGAAUCAGGAAUGACUCUGAUGAAAAUAGUGAUAUAGAAAGUGUGAUUUCCAAAAGGAAAUACAAUCUCGACAUGAUACAAUCGUUGAGAAAACAAGUUGGGAAAUGCAGAAGUCCAGAAGAUUUUGUCAAGGUAGUGAAAGUUUAUAUACAGUCUAGUAAUCUUACGUAUGAUGGUACUAAGAUGGACUAUGUUGAAGCUCGUAAUCAUCUAUUGAAUAGAUAUUCAUCAUUUUCGACUAAACAUAAAUCUACAAAGAGCUUCCUUUCACCAGCAAAUUGGCAGAAUGGCUUGAAAGGUGCUGAAAAGGCAAUUGAGAAUGAAUACCUCUAUCAAUCAAUGCUACAAGAAACUUUUCUCAGGUUGAGAGAAUAUCACAUUGAAAAGCGUAAAUUGCCACUUGGAGAUGAUCCUGAGGCAUCAGAUCCAGAAUCUCUCAUUGAUCCCAAAAAUGUUAUAAUUGAAUUGAAUUUAGCCACUUAUGCAUGCCUUGAAUUUAACAAAGAUAAAGUGGAAGAAUUCAACGAAAUAGUUGUGAGAACAUUCACCAGAGACCAGAAGAAUAUUAGAUGCGAUAAAAACAUGUUGAUAAUCAUUGAUAAGUUUGUGUUUGUGAGUGACGUUCAGGAACAACUGUCAAGAUGCAGCUUCGUCGAUUCCAUUGUGCUAUUAGCUGCUGAUACAGUAAUCAUCGAUAGUGAUUUGGAUGCAAAGUUAUUGGAGGGCAGAAACGUGAUGAUUCUAGCACCACAGUGGCUGGUUCCUGGCAAGAGGAGUUUGAUGGUCAGCGGAAAGCCGCAUGAGGAAAAGCAAGAAAAAGCCGGUUUCGGUGAGGUUGGGUUGGAUGGCAAGGAUGGGAAUCCCAGUGGUAGCUUCCUGGGCAUCGGUCAGCGGUUCCAGGGCAUUGAAGACCUCACGGUUCAGGCGUGUGGCGGGAAUGGUCAAGAUGGUCAGGAUGGGGGAGAUGGAAGGGAUGGCACUGAUGGAGUGGACAAUGCUCUUACAAGUUUCAAAAAUGAGAAAGAGGUGCACGUACCUAUUAUUUAUAAUGUGGAGACUAGUGUGAAGAAGAAGGAAGGAACACAGGGAACUGCUGGACAGGACAGCGGUGCUGGAGGGAAAGGAGGGAAGGGGGGAGCCAAGGGAUCCAUCAAUAUCGUUGAUCUAGUCCAUCAUGGGAAACCUUCGUCCUCCUUCCGAGGUCUGGGAUUCUCUUCCCGUGAGUGCGAAGGGCGACAAGGUCUCCCUGGAGCUGAUGGUAAACCGGGUGAAAGCGGCAGCAAUGGAUGCACCACAAUAGAAACUACAAAAGCUCACGAAAUUUUCGGUAAAACAUUUGACGUAUUUUCCAGUACUGACACUCAAAAACUUCCCUGUAAUAGGACUACUCCUAAGGGUGAGGUUCUUCGCGAGACUCGUAUCAAUCUAUAUGUUCCCAGACAAAGGGAUUCCCUCCCACCUGUUUGCAAGAUGUUCGAUCGACUCAUGAUGUUCAUCGAUGAUAGCAGAUAUUACAGUAGCAAAUUGACUGUGAAAUCUAUUGAAGCUUUUCGAAAUAACGUGAAAGAGAAACUCUGCUCUUAAUUUAAUGAGUCUGAGAUUCCUAAUUACUAUAUUACCUAAAAUCGUACUAGACACGAUUAUGUUAAUGAAUAAAUAAAUCAAGAAUGGACAUA